AUGAGUCUGGCCAUUGGAGAAGACACGAGCAAUCAAGAUGGAGCCUCCGAAACGAAGGACGAACCGCGGGACGUGGAUGAACCAUAUCAAGAAGAGCACAGACAUUCGGAAAUCGCUGAGCUGGCAAAGAAUUUGAGACGCACAACGACAAACUGGUCUCAAAUUCCUGACACCCCAUUCAACCCUUUACCAGACUCCACGCUCGACCCCCAUUCCAGCAACUUCAGAAGCCGUGACUGGAUCAAGUCGAUCGUCAAGCUCACGGCGGCCGAAGACAGCUUGCCUCCACGUCGAGCUGGCAUUGCAUUCAAAGAUCUCCACGUCUUUGGAUACGGCACUGCGACCGACUAUCAGAAGGAUGUGGGCAAUGUGUGGCUCGACGCAUUUGGCCAGGUUCAACACACACUGGGCCUGGCAAGAUCUCGGAAGAUUGACAUCCUCCAUAACCUGGAAGGCUUGCUCGACAGUGGAGAGAUGCUGGUCGUACUUGGCCCGCCAGGAGCGGGCUGCUCAUCCUUCUUGAAGACAGUUACUGGGGAGACCAACGGCCUUCAUAUCGAGCAGAAGUCUUCGAUCAAUUACAAAGGCAUCCCAGCUCGAGAAAUGCACAGAUAUUUCAGGGGUGAAGCGAUCUAUACUGCAGAGAAUGACGUUCACUUCCCCUUCUUGACCGUCGGCGAUACGCUGUACUUUGCUGCUCGGGCAAGAGCUCCUCGCUCCCUUCCGGGCGAUGCUAGUAAACAGCAAUGGGCCACACACUUGAGGGAUGUGAUCAUGGCCGCUUUCGGAAUCUCGCACACAGGCCAUACCCGUGUGGGCAAUGACUUUGUGCGAGGCGUCUCCGGCGGCGAGAGGAAGCGGGUGUCGAUUGCAGAGGCGAUUCUUAGUGGAGCGCCGUUGCAGGCGUGGGACAACUCAACGAGAGGGCUUGACAGCGCCAAUGCUAUCGAAUUCUGCAAGACUGUAAGGCUAAGUACAGAGUUCACAGGCUGUGCAGCCGCCGUAGCUUUGUAUCAGGCUCCUCAGGCGGCAUUCGAUACUUUCGACAAAGCACUGGUCCUGUAUGAGGGACGGCAAAUCUUCUACGGCAGCACGGGACAUGCACGAGAAUAUUUCGAACGACUCGGAUUUGUCUGCCCAGACCGUCAGACCACCGCCGAUUUUCUCACGUCGAUGACAUCGUCCCAAGAGCGUGUCAUCAGACAGGGCUUCGAAGGGACAGCUCCACGAACAGCAGACGACUUCGCAGCUGCUUGGCAAGCAAGUACCGAGCGGUUUCAGCUUCUGCAAGAGAUUGACAAAUUCAACGAGGAGAACGUGUAUUACGGCGAAAACUAUGACAACUUCGUCGCAUCUCGUAAAGCUCAACAAGCACGGGGCCAACGGCUGAAAUCUCCCUUCACGCUCAACUACGCGCAGCAAGUGCAGCUUUGCAUCUGGAGAGCCUGGCGGCGCUUGAUAGGAGACCCUUCUUACAUCUUCACGCUGCUGUUUGGCAACUUCGUGCUCAGCCUCAUCAUCGGGUCCGUGUUCUACAACAUGCAGCCCAGUACGGACUCCUUUUACUCUCGCGGUGCGGUGCUCUUCUUUGCCAUCUUGCUAAUUGCUUUUGGCUCGGCGCUGGAGAUCCUCACGCUGUUCUCGCAGCGGCCCAUCGUGGAGAAGCAUACUCGAUACGCCUUCUACCAUCCUUCCGCCGAGGGUAUGGCUUCGAUGUUAGCCGAUGUCCCCUACAAGACGCUCAACGCUAUUGUGUCUAAUCUUACCCUCUACUUCAUGGUCAACUUGAGGCGGUCGCCCGGCUCAUUCUUCUUCUUCUUGCUCAUUGUGUUCUUUGUCAAUCUCACGAUGAGCAUGUUAUUUCGUUGCAUGGCUUCCCUUUCGAGGAUCCUACCCCAAGCUCUAGUACCAGCCGCAGUGGUUAUGCUCAUCACCGUAGCCUUUAGUGGCUUCGUGCUGCCAGUCGACUACAUGCUUGGUUGGUGCCGGUGGCUGAACUGGCUGGAUCCCGUGGCGUAUGCCUUCGAAUCACUGGUCAUCAACGAAUUUCACAACCGCAAUUUCACCUGUUCGCAAGUCGUGCCACCUUAUGGCUCGCUUUCGGAAAACACCCAAGUGUGCUCGGCGGUGGGAUCUCAGCCAGGCUUGGAUAUUGUGGAAGGUGACGCUUUCAUGAACUCCAGCUAUCAGUACUAUGCCUCCCACAAAUGGCGGAAUUUUGGCAUCAUGCUGGGCUUCAUGGUGUUUUUCAUGGUCGUCGGCCUUGCGGCUACUGAAGUCAUCACGCAGAAGCCGAGCAGUGGCGAAGUGCUCGUGUUUCGUCGCGGUCAUGGCUCUGCACGGAACGAUUCAAGAAAAGACGAGGAGAGUGUGCAGAUUGGAUGCGGCGGCGCUCAAACUCAGCAGCAACCGGAGAAAGUCGACACUUCACACACGAUUGAGAAACAGACCUCAGUCUUCAGCUGGAAGGAUGUUUGUUACGACAUCAAAGUUGCCGGCGGAAAGGAACGACGUAUUCUGGACCAAGUCGAUGGGUGGGUGAAACCAGGCGUUUUGACCGCUCUUAUGGGCGUCUCAGGAGCGGGCAAAACAACUCUCCUUGACGCUCUGGCUUCCCGUACUACGAUAGGUGUCGUGAGUGGCGACAUGCUUGUCGAUGGGAAGCCGCGGGAUUCGUCUUUUCAAAGGAGAACGGGCUACGUACAGCAACAAGACCUGCACCUUCAAACCUCGACGGUUCGGGAGGCUCUCAGCUUUAGCGCUCUACUUCGACAACCUGACUAUGUCUCUCGCAAGGACAAGCUCGAUUAUGUGGAGGAGGUCAUUGACCUUCUAGGCAUGAGAGAAUAUGCAGGGGCAGUCGUGGGAGUACCCGGGGAGGGUCUCAAUGUCGAGCAGCGGAAACGCCUCACUAUUGGCGUGGAGCUUGCAGCGAGACCUGGCCUUCUUAUGUUCUUCGAUGAACCAACUUCAGGUCUCGAUUCGCAGACGUCGUGGUCGAUCCUGGACUUCCUCGUCAAGUUGAAAGAAUCCGGCCAAGCGAUCCUGUGCACUAUCCAUCAACCAUCGGCGAUGCUAUUUCAACGAUUCGAUCGUCUACUGUUCCUCGCCAAGGGCGGCAAGACAGUGUAUUUCGGCGACAUUGGCCAGAAUUCGCGAGUACUCGUAGAGUACUUUGAACGUUAUGGGGCUCCUCGCUGCGGUGACACUACGAAUCCUGCAGAGUGGAUGCUGCAAGUCAUCGGUGCUGCUCCAGGCUCACAUACGGAGCUCGACUGGGUUCAAACCUGGCGAGAGAGUCCAGAGUAUGAACAGGUGCAGUUAGAGCUUCGCAGACUUGCAGAGCGACAAGCAGAAACCCGCAUUGGGGAUAAGCACGAUGAUGGAGAAGAACAACAGCAAUACUGGGAGUUCGCAACGCCCCUGACCAAGCAGCUCUAUGAAGUAACCAUCCGGGUCUUUCUGCAGUACUGGCGCACACCAUCUUAUGUUUACUCCAAGAUCGCCCUCUGUCUAUUCUCCACCCUUCUUAUCGGGUUGAUCUACCUCAACGCCCCAAACACCCACCAAGGGCUGACCAAUCAAUCAUUUUCCGUCUUUCUCUUGUUCACAAUCCUCGGCCAGCUCGUCCAGCAGAUGAUGCCAUUAUUCGUAACACAAAGAGCUCUAUACGAAGCCCGUGAACGCCCAUCGAAGGUCUAUACAUGGAAGGCCUUCAUCUUCUCCAACCUCGUCGUAGAGCUCGCCUGGAACGCCCUCAUGGCCGUCAUCAUGUUCGUCUGCUUCUACUACCCCAUCGGGCUCCAAAACAACGCCGUCCCAACGGACACCCACAUGGUCAUCGUCGGCGUCAGCGACGCGGAAACCGGAGGCAGCCUCGCGAACCUUCUCGUCAUCCUCUCCCUGAUUUUCUGCGGCGUCCUGGCACGCCCUUCCAGCCUACCUGGUUUCUGGAUCUUCAUGUACCGCGUCAGCCCAUUCACCUACUUGAUCGGAGGCAUGCUAGGCACUGGCGUCGCGAACGCUGCCACACGGUGUGCAGAUAACGAGCUGCUGCGAUUCGACCCACCUGUCAAUCAGACCUGCGGCGAGUACAUGGCGCCCUAUAUCGUUGGUACGAACGACCAGGUGGGCGCGGGAGGUUAUGUUAUGGACCCUACCUCCAGGAGUGAUUGUGCGUAUUGCACGUAUGGCGACACCAAUGUCUUCCUGCAGAGCUUGAGUAUCUCGUAUGGAGACUCGUGGCGGGAUUUUGGGAUUGUGUGGGCUUAUAUUGUGUUCAAUGCGGCGGCAGCGGUUUUUCUUUAUUGGGCGGCAAGGGUGCCCAAGAAGCGGAAAGAGAAGAUGCAGUAG